AUGAAGCCUUCCGCGGUUCUCCUCGGCCUUGCCGCCUUCGCCAGCGGUUCGUCCUCGCACCGGAACUACGAAAGAAACGAUUAUUAUGUUCUCGAACUGGAUUCGCGUUCAUCCCCCGAUCAGGUCGCCGAGCGCCUGGGUCUGAGGCACGAAGGUACACUCGGUAAUAUGGAUGGCCACCACAUCUUCUCGGCCAGGAAGGCUGCGCACGACAUCGUCAAACCUGCCUUGCAAGAGCGCAGGCUGAGGAAACGCUCCAUGGGAGGUUUCGACAUUCUCGACGGCGUUCGUCUGGCGCAAAAGCAACAGCUGCGAAAGCCCAUGGAGAAGAGGCUUCCUCCGCGCACAUAUGGCCCUUCCAACUUUGCUCGCCAAGAGCAGCCUGAUCCCAAGAAGGUUACCGAGAUGAGCGACCUGAUGAAAACCCUCGGAAUCGGCGACCCCAUCUUCAACGAGCAAUGGCAUUUGCUCAACACUGUUCAACCGGGCCACGACAUCAACGUCGCCGGUGUUUGGAAGCAGGGCAUCACGGGUAAGAACGCAACCGUUGCCAUUGUUGACGACGGUCUCGACAUGUACAGCGACGACUUGAAGCCCAACUACUACGCCGCCGGCUCCUAUGACUUCAAUGACCACCGGGAAGAGCCCAAGCCUAGUCUCGAUGACGACAAGCACGGCACUCGCUGUGCCGGUGAAGUUUCCGCCGCCAAGAACGACGUGUGCGGCGUUGGUGUGGCUUAUGAAUCCAAAAUUGCCGGCAUCCGUAUCCUUAGCAAGCUGAUCACGGAUGCGGACGAAGCCGUCGCCAUGACCUACGACUACCAGCACAACGACAUCUACUCUUGCUCCUGGGGCCCGCCUGAUGACGGUCGCUCAAUGGACGCGCCAGGUCUCCUAAUCAAGCGCGCUAUGCUCAAGGGUAUCCAGAAGGGCCGCGGCGGUAAGGGAUCCAUCUACGUCUUCGCUAGUGGUAACGGCGCCGCCAACGACGACAACUGCAACUUUGACGGCUACACCAACUCCAUCUACAGCAUCACCGUUGGCGCCAUCGACAGGAAGGGCCAGCAUCCUUAUUACUCGGAAAAAUGCUCUGCGCAGCUAGUUGUCACCUACAGUAGUGGCAGCGGAGACGCCAUCCACACCACCGACGUCGGCCAGAACGCCUGCUACAACGGCCAUGGAGGCACUUCCGCCGCCGCCCCGUUGGGCGCUGGUGUCUACGCUUUGGUUCUCGAAGUUCGCCCUGACUUGACAUGGAGAGACAUGCAAUGGCUCGCUAUGGACACUGCUGUUCCCAUGGAUGAGGCCAAUGGAGAGUGGAUGCCGACCAAAAUCGGAAAGAAGUUUAGCCACACAUAUGGAUACGGCAAGAUUGACGCUUUCAAAAUGGUUGAGGCGGCCAAGACGUGGAAGAACGUCAAGCCGCAGUCGUGGUACUACUCGCCCUGGAUCCACGUCAACAAAGACAUCCCCCAAGGCAAGGAUGGCGUCGCGGUCAGCUUCGAAGUCACCGGUGAUGCCCUGAAGGAGGCCAAUUUGGAGAGAGUCGAGCAUGUAACGGUCACUAUGAACGUGAACCACACGCGCAGAGGUGACUUGAGCGUUGAUUUGAUCAGCCCUGAAGGAGUUACCAGCCAUCUGUCCGUCACACGUAAGAUGGAUUCGGCCAACUCUGGCUACGUUGACUGGACUUUCAUGAGCGUUGCCCACUGGGGAGAGUCUGGCAUCGGCAAGUGGACUGUGGUUGUCAAGGACUCCAAGGAAAACGAACACAAGGGCACGUUUGUCGACUGGCACUUGAAGCUGUGGGGUGAGUCGAUUGACGCGAGCAAGGCGACGCUCCUCCCCAUGCCGACCGAAGAAGACGAUAACGACCACGCACUUGUUGCCACGACCACGCUGCCGGCUGCCGUCACGACGAUGACGCACCCUGCCGAAAACACGGCGUCGGUUGCCAUUCCUACGGACCACCCUCAGCGUCCCACCAAGCUCAAGCCCAGCGAAGGGGCGACGCCUGCGGAGACGGACAAGCCGACGGGUGCUCAAUCAACCGCUAGCGCCGCCACCACCAGCCCGUCCAACUGGGUGUCUUGGCUGCCAUCGUUUGGCAAGGCCGGAGUGUGGGUGUACGGGGCUAUUGGUCUGAUUGCCGUGUUUUGCUCUGCUCUUGGGAUCUGGUUCUUCAUCAGGAAGCGCCGCAACAGCACACCUCGGGACAACUACGAGUUCGAGUUGCUCAACGAGGACGAAGCCGAAGGCCUGAACGGCGAGAAGCGCACGCGGGGCCGUGAGCUCUACGAUGCCUUUGCCGGGGACGAUGAGGAUGACGAGGAUGGUACGGGCGAAUAUCAUGACAGUCGGGAGCGUUCAAGAGAGGGGAGCCGCCACAGAGAGACGGACAGGUUGACGGAAAAAUAA